GGCCAGAGUGUUCGCUUGUUCAGAUUCUAUUUAGUUAUAAUCGAAUUUAACGACCUAGCGAACGAACAAAACAGUGAUUUUCAUCAUAAUAGAAUCCGAAGGGAAAAUGAACAUUUUUUAAAAGAAAGAAAGAAAAUAUUGAAGCAUAACUUUCGGAAGCAUAUUUAAUUAAGUAAUUAAUGUCGAAAGAAGAAACUGAAGUGGAGAAAAAGCUUGUGUGUGAUGAUGAUGGGAAUAAUUUCGAAAAUUAAUACAUUUCCACAGUUUACAGAUUUGUAAAAUUGUACUAAUUCAACUUAUAUUGAUUAGCAUGAAAAAAAUGAGACAUUGUCAGAAGGUGAACUUAAAUAAAAAUUAACUGAUCUGUUUAUAAAUUGUGGGAAAAUUGAAGGAAUCACAAAAUGGAGAAAUAUAAAUGCAAAUUAAAUAAUAUGAUGUGACUUGAAAAGAUAUCGACGAACGACGUUCUAUAAGAACAAGGGUGAUAAAGAAAAAUCAUCAUAAAUUUUGUUCUAAUCUAAUGAAUCAGUGGUUCGUGAGUGAAGCAACAACAAACGAAGUAUCCAAAUAUUGAAACUAAAACAAAUAAAAAUAAAUUUGAUAUAAAAUAAUAUAAUGCAAGACCCGUUACCAUCGCAACCGCAACAAGCCGGUACUCAACAACGAACACAAAUAAGUGGUGGUCGAUUUGACUUUGAGGAUGGUGGAACAUUUUGCGGUGGUUGGGAAGACAGUAAAGCACAUGGACAUGGAGUUUGUACGGGCCCUAAAAAUCAAGGAGCGUAUUCCGGUGCUUGGCACUAUGGAUUUGAAGUGUCAGGUGUUUAUACAUGGCCUAGUGGAUCAUCCUUCGAGGGUCAGUGGCAGAAUGGAAAACGACACGGUUUAGGGAUUGAAACACGAGGCCGAUGGAUUUAUCGUGGGGAAUGGACACAAGGCUUUAAAGGACGAUAUGGUGUGAGGCAAAGUGCAACAUCAACAGCGAAAUAUGAAGGCACUUGGGCUAAUGGCUUACAAGACGGCUAUGGCUCUGAAACUUAUGCUGAUGGAGGGACUUAUCAAGGGCAAUGGCUUCGGGGUAUGCGACAUGGUUAUGGCGUCCGACAGUCAGCUCCAUUCGGUUUGGCAUCAAGAUUUCGACCCAAAUCAAUCAGAGCUUCAUUGACAUCAUUGCGAAGUAAUGACGGGAACAACAAUCAAGCACCCACGCCAGAUCCUGCUGAGAAACGAAACCAUCGAAUUGAUGAUUCUCGUGGUGGCUUCGUGUUAAAAGCGAAAUCUGAUGAGCCGCCAGCUCGACGAAAUAGUUUGGUUGAAAAAACUAAGAAAGGCUUGUUGUCAGGCUUAAAGAUUCGCAAGCAAAGAAGCACUGGUGAUUUAGAAAAGCGCGGAACUGGUUCCGGUAGCAUACGUUCAACGGCUUCAACUGCAUCUUGGAUUAGCACAGAAUCAUCACAGUCAGGCAUAACUAAUAAGUCAGUGCACACAGAUUCAAAUGCAAGCUUUAUCGUUGAAGACGAGCAGUUGGAUGGAAGCGUAACAGAAACUUAUAUGGGCGAAUGGAAGAAUGAUAAACGAUGUGGAUAUGGAAUUUCAGAGAGAAGCGAUGGCUUGAAAUAUGAAGGUGAAUGGUUUGCAAACAAGAAGUAUGGCUACGGUGUGACGACGUUCCGCGAUGGAACGAAAGAAGAAGGAAAAUACAAAAACAAUGUUCUCAUCACAAGUCAGAAGAAGAAACAUUUAUUCCUUAUCAGAUCAGCGAAAUUUCGUGAACGAAUUGAUGCUGCUGUUGACUCAGCACAAAGAGCGAGUAAAUAUGCUUUACAAAAGGCAGAUAUUGCGAUAUCACGAACGGCAACAGCUCGAGGUAAAGCAGAAUUAGCUGAUGUAUCAGCGGAUCAUGCGAAAGUCGAUUCUGAUGUUGCAAUUCAAACUGCACGUGAAUUUGCACCUGACUUUAAACCGUCACUGCUAGAACGGUUUGAAAGACUUCGAGUUCGUGAAAGAUUUCGAAAUACAUUAAACGACGAUUCAUCGGGAAACAACACAAUAGGACAUAAUCAACAAUUUGCACAGACUCAACCGCCGGGAGCUUCUUCAGCAUUUAACACACCGCAAAAGUUUGCACAACAAACAAAUAAUGUUGCCAACAUCAAUAAUUACAAUCAACAGCCAAAUGUUUCUGUACAGCAAUCGCAACAUAAUCAAAUUUAUCAGAAUAGAGACAACAAUCAAUAUCAGCCGAUGAACAGCAGUAGUCAUCUACAAGAGAAUAUCAAUUCUGCCGCUAAUUAUUCGCAACAAAGUGGACAAAGUUAUCAGCAAAAUUACAAUGAUCAGCAAGCAUCAAAUUAUGGUGGAAAUGAAUUGCAAGCAACCAAUUUGCGCAGAAAUUCAAGGCAAGUUUCAGAUAGUGGAAGGCCAAUGUUAGGUGCGAUUCAUCAAACAUCGAUUGAUCAUUUUGAUCAUUAUAAGAGACCACCAAGUCGUGAUUCGUCGGUUGAUCGAUAUUCAAGGGCUGCUAGUAGAUUAGGUGGUGGAUCAAGACAACCAUCAGUGGAUCGUCAAGCUUUAAGUGGACAGCCCAUGAAUCCUGAUACAUUAAUUGAUCGAAGUGUUCGUGCUGGUUCUCAAUUGAGGGGAACAACACCGACACCGAAUGUUAAUGGACAAGUUCUUACAGGUGUCAUGGGUGGUGGCAGUGGUGCUCCAUCACGUCGUGGAUCACGAAGUGGAACUCCAGUCUUUCAACAACAAUUACAACCUUCUAUUCAAACAAUCCAAGCCCAAUAUUCAAAUCCAAAUCAACCCUUUGAAGACGUUCUUCUAAGACAAAGAACGUUAGGACAAGACAUUAUUCCUUCACCAGGUCAGCCUAAACGUACCGAGAGUCUCUUUGUUCCUAAUAAGCCUAUGGCUAGCGGUGGUGGAGGCAGUGGUGGAGGUAGUGGUGGUGGUUCUAAAGGAGCAAGCAAGGUACAUGAAGAGGAAGAAGAAGCCGACCUCAUGUUUUCACCAGCUCUACUUGCGCGAAGAGCGUCUGAGAGUUGGAUUGACACGGCUCCAAUUGAGAACACGCCAAUCAACGUAACACUUCAACGUAAAAAGUCAUUGCCCGAUGUUCAGCAGAUGCCAAUUAAUAACAUGAUGAGUCGAGAAGAAGUGUCGGUAUUAGGAUCAGCACGACGUGAAGAGGUCAGAAGACAGAAGGAUGAAUCAGAAAGAUACAAAGCAAAUCCACUGCUCUAUCUUGUCAGUCCACAAGUUAAGGACUGGUUUUCACGCCAACAACUCAUAUUGUUGGUUCUGAUAGUCAACAUAGCACUGGCAAUUAUGUUUUUCAAGAUGCUCACAUAGCGUAAGCUGCUAAAUAACCGAUUGUUAAUCAUUUUUUAUUCGCCAUGAUAAUCGGUUAGAUUGGAAUUUUUCUUUCAUUUUUCUAAAACAAAACAAAACAAAAAAAAUUUAUCUACCUACACAAAAUUAUUAUCAUCAUUGGAUGUUUGGAUGUUUAUGAAGAAAUGAAAAUUUAUGCUUACAAAUUGUAGUCAAUUUUUCAUUUACUUUUUUUUUUAAUUUUUUGUCGUUCGCCGAUGUUUACGGUAGAACACUUGAAAGAAGAGGGAUAAGUUAUCCACUUAGUAUAAAUGGCCUAAAAUUGCCGGCUCUUACAGAAAAAAGUUUUUCAAAACAAGAGUCAAUUGACUUGAAUAAUUAUGGAUCUAUAAAUGUGUUGAACAUGAUUGAUAACAGAAGACUUUCUAAGAAAAUUUCCUUUAAAGAAAUCUCUUUUUGAACUGAAACUUACAUAGACGAAUGAACAAUGAACAUGAAAUUUAAUAAAUAAAUAAAUUGAAUCACGUUCACGAAUGGAACAGAAGAAAGUAUAACAUGAAGAAGAAACCUUUCUGGUUCUUUAAUGCCUUAUUAAAGUUGAAAUAUAUUCAAAAGAAAACCAGAUCAAUGUAUGAUACAUUAACAUACAAAAGAAGAAAACUUUGGUGAAAAAGAAAAAAAUAACGAAUGUAAGGAACUUUUUCCUAAGCUUUAUGUCAGAAAAAGAAACGAACUCGAAUUUGAUUAAAAUUUCUUUCAACAUACUAGUAGAUAAUAAAAAAUAAAGAAAAUAUAUGAAAAAUACUAUUUUUGCAUUUUAAAAUUUCUAAUUUCUAAUCCUAUCGUAAUGUAUCGUCGCUACGCUUUAGGCUACUACAUAUGUCUUAUUUAUUUCUUUCUGUGUACAUGAUUCGAGUUAAAACUCAUAAAAGAAAAUAAUUUGUGACAGCAAACAUUAAGUGGAAAGAUAUUAAAAAUAUGCUAAAAUUCAGUUACUAUGACGAGUAAUCCCAAGGUAGAUCUAUGAUGCCUAAGUGAUGUAAUUAGGUAGCAUAAAUUCCUCUAUAUUUUUCUACAAGCUCUUGUUAAACGUUCUUAAUUUUUCUUACUUAAUAUCACAACAAUGAAAAAAUGUAAAGCUACCUUAAGGGUGAACACGAGAAAGAAAACAAAAAUUGUCUCGAGUAAAGGAAAAAAGAUUACUAAAUGACCAAAAUUUGUCUAUCUAUUUAGUUUAAAACAAAAAGAAAACAUUAAACAAAAGAAAAGCUUUAUGAAAAACCUUUUGAAAACAUUGAAUAGCUUUAUAGCUUACUGGUAAAGUAUUCAAAAUUGUAUGAAAAAAAGGAAACCAAAAAACUCAUUUGAUGUGAACUGUAGAAAGUUCAGUUGCGAGGAUAAUUUUAUUAAAUAAUUUUUUAAUUAGACGUUAAUUUUCUUGAAACUUUCUAGCUGAAUCAAAAGAAAAAUGUUUAACCUAAGGAAGCGAAUAAAAGAAAAGAAAACUUUACGUUGAAGUAAUUUUGUUCCUCAAGACAUUAAAUAAAAUGAAAAAAGAAACUUUCUUGAAACAUAAGAUGCUUAGGCCAUAUUAACGGUUACGUCUUGUACCAAAAACGAUUUUUGUUAUUUAUACGUCGCUGGUGAAACCAAAAUCCGAUCCAAAAUUCAUUUAAGCAUUGUUUUGUUCGAUUAUAAUAUUUUAUGUUUGACUUUAAUUUUGUUUUUAUCCAAACUUUGCAGAAAUUUUUUUUGGAUUAUUUUAUGUAAAUGUUAUGAUAUUUAUUAAAGUUAUGAUUAAAUAAAGAAAAAGAAAAAAAAAUCAUUCAUGACAAAAAAAACAAUUGUGUUUGAUAAAUUUUGGCUUCAGAACGAACAAAAAUGUUAUUGAGUUGAGUAUAAUUCAGGAGGAUGUAAAUCACGUGCCAAAAAAUUUUAUGAAUUGCUUAAAGUCAAGCUUCAAGCAACCUGGGUAGGAUUCAAGUCAAAAUUAUUUUGUAGAUGCUAAGUACUGUGCUCGCUUCAUCUUUUCUAAAGUACACAAAACACCUUCAAAUGUCACCAUAAAAAUAAUAUUUUUAAUCAAAUAAUAAAUUAAAACGAAGUUCGAAAUUAAAUUUCAAAGAAUUCUAACAUGCAAACUGUUUCUUUAAAUGCAAAUCAAUUUUAUGAUAUGAUAAACUACCUUAAAUAACUUCAUGUGAUUCUUGAUAUAAAUAAAGAUGAUUAAAAAAUGCAUAGCUUUAGUAGAUAGAGAAGAAAGAAUUUAAUAGAUUUUUCUGAGAAGGAAAGAACAGAAUUUUAAGAUUGGAAAACAUCAAUGAACAAUAGAAAUAAAUGAAAUGUUUUUAGAUAAAUGUAAA